CAAUUUAUUGUAGUUCACUGCAUCAUAAAUAGGUUUAACACAAGGGCUGAAAGAUUCUUUUCGCAAGGAAACUAAUUCUGGAAACCCACACAAUGUCCCUUCUCCUGUUCAUUGCAUUGCUAUCUACGACAUCCUCGACAAUCAUCAAUAUUUUUGAAGAAAGUGGAUUGCAAUACGAGAAAAUUGGAAAAGCAAAGUUGAUAGACGCGAGCAGAGUGUGCCUCUCUCAUAAUGUGAGCUUAACUCCUUAUGUGGAUGCGCUAGCCAUGGGCGAAGAAGCAGAAGAAGCAGACAUGGUGAUGUUGAAAGCACAUAUGCGAAGAGUUUUCGAGGAUACCUGCCAUGAGUUCAAUCUUACCGACGAAUUCACUUCCUCACAAAGUGAUAUCAACCUGAAGGUCAAGCCAUCAAAAUAUCUCAACGACUAUGGAUUAAAGUUCAAUAUCAAGAAGUUCCAAAAUGAUCUUCUCGCUUUAUUUCUACACAACAAGAUCAACGCACCAUUCUUCGACGCCUUUGAAAAAGGAUUGAUGAAGGAUGAGGUGGGCAUCGAAUUCGCUAAAUCAGCAGUUUUCCUCCCAAGACGUUGCGAUAUAUCCACCAUGACGAUAGAAGCACAAUAUUGUUCGUGGGAGGAUAAGUCUGUGUUAGAAAGCGAAAUUUAUGCAAUUGCGCACACCGGGCAGAUGAUGGAGAAGAGUAAGGCAUUCGUGCUGUAUGAGGUGCCUGACUAUGUUCUGAUAAAAGGGGAUGAGAUAUUUCCCGUGAAUUUCGACUCGUGCAAAGCAAUGGACGGCACUUACUUCCUGUGCAUGGAGAAAAUUAGAACUUAUUGCGACAUCACUACCAUAACCUCAUGUGAUUUGUAUGCGAUGCCCACAGACAAAGAUUUUUACUUUACCCGGUCAUACGGUAGUGGAAUGAUAGUGGCCACAAAUCUUUCGGAGGUGAAUAUUGAUGGUACUAUGGUCAAGGCGGUCUCUCCAGUAUUCACUUAUCACACUUCGCAAUAUGUUGAAAAGGAUGCAGAUGAUCAGCCUUUGAUCCUUCAAACGACAAAGACUAGUCCAGCAAUGUUGAAAGCACCGCUUCCUGAACUAACUCAAGAAGCUGAGAAAGCUGUACGUUCUGCAAAGCAACCCAUUCGUCUUUAUCGCAUCACUCGAAAAGGAAUCGACAUGCUCAACGAUAAGCCAAGCAAAGCAUCCGUUUGGGACGAUGUGAGGGAUUUCUUCAUGCAUCUCGUUUGAUCAAAC